CCCGACAUGGCGAGUGCUGUGCUGCCGAGCGGAUCCCAGUUUGCGGCGGCGGUGGCGGCGGUGGCGGCGGCGGCGGCGCCUCCCGGGCUCCGACUCCGGCUUCUGCUGUUGCUCCUCUCCGCCGCGGCACUGAUCCCCACAGGCGAUGGACAGAAUUUGUUCACGAAAGACGUGACAGUGAUCGAGGGAGAAGUGGCAACCAUCAGCUGCAAAGUCAAUAAGAGCGACGACUCUGUGAUUCAGCUUCUGAAUCCCAACAGGCAGACCAUUUAUUUCAGAGACUUCAGGCCUUUGAAGGACAGCAGGUUUCAGUUGCUGAAUUUUUCUAGCAGUGAACUCAGAGUGUCGCUGACAAACGUCUCAAUUUCGGAUGAAGGAAGAUACUUUUGCCAGCUCUACACUGACCCCCCACAGGAAAGUUACACCACAAUCACAGUGCUGGUCCCUCCACGCAACCUGAUGAUCGAUAUCCAGAAAGACACAGCGGUGGAAGGCGAGGAGAUUGAAGUCAACUGCACCGCCAUGGCCAGCAAACCAGCCACGACCAUUAGGUGGUUCAAAGGGAACAAGGAGCUAAAAGGCAAAUCGGAGGUGGAGGAGUGGUCAGACAUGUACACGGUGACCAGUCAGCUGAUGCUGAAGGUGCACAAGGAGGACGACGGGGUCCCCGUGAUCUGUCAGGUGGAGCAUCCAGCUGUUACCGGAAACUUGCAGACCCAGCGGUACCUUGAAGUACAGUAUAAGCCUCAAGUGCAUAUUCAGAUGACUUACCCUCUCCAAGGCCUGACCCGGGAAGGGGAUGCGCUCGAGUUAACAUGUGAAGCCAUCGGGAAGCCCCAGCCAGUGAUGGUGACCUGGGUUAGAGUCGAUGACGAGAUGCCUCAGCACGCCGUCCUGUCUGGGCCCAACCUGUUCAUCAAUAACCUAAACAAAACAGAUAACGGUACAUACCGCUGUGAAGCCUCUAACAUAGUGGGGAAAGCUCACUCGGAUUAUAUGCUGUAUGUUUACGAUCCCCCCACAACUAUCCCUCCUCCCACAACAACCACCACCACCACCACCACCACCACCACCACCAUCCUUACCAUCAUCACAGACACGGCAGCGACGACAGAACCCGCAGUUCACGGCCUUACUCAGUUGCCCAAUUCCGCAGAAGAACUGGACAGUGAGGACCUCUCAGAUUCUCGAGCGGGCGAGGAGGGCGCCAUCCGAGCGGUGGAUCACGCCGUGAUCGGCGGUGUCGUGGCCGUGGUCGUGUUCGCCAUGCUGUGUUUGCUCAUCAUUCUGGGCCGCUAUUUUGCCAGACAUAAAGGUACAUACUUCACUCAUGAAGCCAAAGGAGCCGAUGACGCAGCAGACGCAGACACAGCUAUAAUCAAUGCAGAAGGAGGACAGAACAACUCCGAAGAAAAGAAAGAGUACUUCAUCUAGAUCAGCCUUUUUGUUUCAAUGAGGUGUCCAACUGGCCCUAUUUAGAUGAUAAAGAGACAGUGAUGUUGGAACUUGCGAGAAAUUCGUGUGUUUUUUUAUGAAUGGGUGGAAAGGUGCGAGACUGGGAAGGCUUGGGAUUUGCUGUGUAAAAAAAAAAAAUGUUCUUUGAAAGUACGCU